UAUAUUUUCUUUUAUGUUUUCAAAUUUUAAUUAAUAUAAUUUAUUCGGUUUUCUAAAUAUCUUUAGCAAUUUAUUUUCAUUGUAACACCUUUUUCGGACGCUGUUUAUAUUUAAUAAUCUAUGAUUCAUAAUACCAUUUUGCUGAUCUCUUUCUUAAAAAUUUUUUUAAUCAGACUGCCAUCCUAGUGCCUCUGGAGUGUGUUGAAAGUUGUGCCAUAAAGAUGAUCGAAGAUUUUGAAACACAAACAAUGUAUACCCGUUCUAAUAAAAGCGGGAAAAUAGAAUUAGGGGAUGUUACACCUCAUAACAUACGUCAAUUGAAGAGACUGAAUCAAGUCGUAUUCCCUGUCAGUUACAACGAUAAAUUUUACAAAGAUAUUUUAGUAGCUGGUGAACUUGCCAAGUUAGCAUACUACAAUGAUAUUGUUGUUGGCGCAGUUUGUUGUCGCGUCGACGCAUUUGAUAAUUGUAGAAAAUUGUAUAUUAUGACGCUGGGUUGCUUGGCUCCCUAUCGUAGACUCGGAAUAGGUACCAAAAUGUUAGAACAUAUAUUGAAUUACGUGAAAGAAGAUGGGAAGUUUGAUAGCAUAUUUUUACAUGUUCAAGUUAAUAAUGAUAGUGCUAUCGAAUUUUACAAGAAGUUUGGUUUUGAAAUCGUUGAAACUAAAUCACAUUAUUAUAAACGAAUAGAACCUGCAGAUGCCCAUGUUCUCGAAAAAUUUUUGAAAUGAAGUUUUGUGCAGAAAUUUACUGUUUUAAUAUGUUUUAUUAAAUAAAAUAGAUUUCGAUAUAUAUGUAUGCUACUAGGACUGUCAUCAAAAACAUAUGAUAUAAAAUUAGUUGUUUAGAAUAUUCUUUUGUUCUCUUUAAUUUAUUUGCAUUUGAAAAGCAUUUUAAGAUUAUUAAAAGAAUUCAAAUUUGAAAAUUAAUUUUUUUUUUUUUUUUUUCAAUUCUGUUAUAGCUGGCAAAGAUGUUAUGUAUUAAAAAUAUAUUUAGCUUUGCAAACAGCUGUAAUGCUUAAUGUGAAUUUUUUGGGAUAGUAGCCACAUAUUAACUGCAUGUUAUGUUAUUAGAAAAAAAAGAAAUCUGAUGCUUUGAAGUUUUCUUUUUUACUAAGCAUAUGAAUCAGAAAAUAACUGUGCAUUUGAAAUAUCAAUCUAUUUUGAGAGCUGUUCCAUACACUGUAAUUUUGUGUUUGUAUAUAUUUAGAGAUUAUGUUUUUGUAAGUACCUUGUCCUCCUUCCAUAGGUAAUGGUAAAACGGAAGAUUACCUUCUCUAUUGCUAAUGAAAAGCAUUCAACUCAUAGGUCUUGUAUCUAUUGAUUGAAUUUGUUGGUUUCAAUGUAAUGCUGCUAGGGAAGUAAUAGAAAAUGCAUGUAAUUAUAAAUGCCAGCCCAACUAAAUCCGUGUUUUGAUUUAAAUUUAUUUGCUGAAUUGAUACACUCAUUAAAUUUAUAGUUAUGUAUGUAUUAUAUUGUAUGUUUAUAUACCUAAUUCUGAUAUUACACAUAAAAAUCUAUGCCCCUUCCCCCCACCCUCCAAAAAAAGGUUUCAGUAUGAAAGCAGCCACUGUAUAUGCUUUGGCAAAAUUUAGCAUCAUUUGGAAUUAAUUUAGUGAAUAUGGAAAAAUACCAAAGCAACUUUCAAAAAAUGCUCCAACAUGAGAACAUAGUAAAUGAACAUUUAUUUAUAUAUGUGAGGCUAUAAUUUUAUAAUUAAUACUAUAAAUGAAUCAGGUAUUUUGUAUCAUACAUAUUGCUAUCAAAUAAAUUCUAAAUACAAAUUUAACUGUUUGUGAGAUGUGAUAGCAAGUUAAAUAUAGUCAACAUUUUACAGGAAAAGUGGAUAAUGAAGAAGAGAGAAUGAGUGAUAUUGCAAAAAACUUUAUUCUAAUUUCCAGAUUUGUAGUAAGUUAAAAGCUGGCAGCAUUUAAAAAGAAAAUAAUUAAGGAUAUCUAGAUGAAAAGUGAACAUGAAAAUAAAUGUGGCAUGUUAAAAAUAACACGAAAGAUUACUAUAAAUUAAAUUUUUUUAAUUAAUUAUAAGUUAAAAUGCAUAAUAUUUUGGAUUAUUAAAAAAGAUUUCUGAAUCAGUAUCAUGUUAUCAAUAUCACAAUUAAAAAGUCUGAAAAUAAAAUCUAUUCCAAGUUAAAAAUCUGAGGAUUAUAUUUACCAAGCUUGGCGACUAAUCUUCGAUUAUGGCAACUGUCUGAGGUAGCCGCUUUAAUGUUGAAGUACCAGACAUUAUAUGUAUGAAAGAAAAGAUGAUUGGUUCUGAUCUGAGAAGUUAGGGGGGGAAAAAGUAUUCAUUUUAGCCUGAUUAAUUAAUUUUAACUAAAUACAGUUGUGAUAAUAUAUAAUGAAAAUAAUUUAACGGUACUUUUCCAUUUUGCCGGCGCAGGCGAUAAAGUCGCCAAAAAUGAUACAACCGAUGCCGAACUUAAUAUACUCGCUGGUAACCUUUUACGCCUCAAUUUUCCGCAGCCAUUUCUUAUCAGAUUGAUUGUUUCUUUCAAUAAUUGCAUAGAAUUUUUAAUAGAUAGUUCAAUUUUAUGCCCUAAGGCCAUUUGCGGUAAUUAAGUCAAUUAGAAUGCAAUCUCGCAGCUCACCUGAAGGAGAAAAUAUAGAAAAGGCUAGGGUUAAAUUCAUCAAUUAUAAUGCGAAUGCACUAGCACUGCGAUUUUACAUAAUUUCUGAGUAAGCUAUUCGUACAAAUUGAAAUAAUUCUUGCAUUAAAACUUGUAUUCCAUAUUAAGAUUUAACUUGAAAUUAAUGUAGAUAAUUACUGAGAGAAAUAUAUUUUU